CGAGGGCAUGCAGUGGAACGCUGCGGUGCUCUGUGCCAAGGACCAAUGCGACCACGUAUACUGCCAUGGCGGCCCUUUCCGAGUAGCUCUUGUGGGCUCCGACGAGGAACACACCUUUGCUUCCGUCUACUCAUCCGAGACUCAGAAGUGGAGCGAUAUGAUCUCCAUUGAGGAACCGAAUGCCAUCAUGAAGUCGGGGCACAUUGCUGUUGUGGGAGAUAAGGUCUAUUUCCAAUGUCAGGAUAACGAUAUUAUUGUGGAGUACAACAUUGGCGAGCAAAUAAUAUCAGUGUUUGAUCAGCCGGCAGAAGACGAGGAUUAUCACCUGCCGUAUGCUCCCCUCGUGGGGGUGGAGGAUGGAAUGCUGCUAUUUGCGUAUGCUCUAGAGCCUAGACUCUACCUAUGGUCAAUGGAGGCUGGCCCCAACAGAGCUGAGAACUGGGCAAGACGCAGUGUCAUCGAGCUCGAACCGUUGCUCCCGCCUCCUGCGCUCUUCGAUGUGUCGGUAGUUGGUUUUGCCGAAGGUGUUGGUGUCAUCUUUCUGAAUACCAAGGCCGGCUUGUACACAAUUGAGCUCAAUUCAGGCCAAAGCAAGAAGGUACACAGAAAGACAUCAGGCGAAAAAGUCAUGCCUUACAUGAGCUUCUACACUAGAGCAUGAAGGCGGUUGCCGCGACCUUGGAGUAAGCUUAACGCGCUGGUGUUAGUGCUACGACUAUGUAAUCAAAUGCUGUCAAGACCGAUGGAUCUGGUUACUUUUGCUGCCCAGGUAGAAUGUGAAGUGAACUUUAGUGUCUUUUGGUUCUGAUUGUGUUGGACAGUUUGGUUUGGGUGGAUGUGAUUUUCGUAUGCUUCUCCUUGUACAAAGAUUUUGUGUCCGUUUGGCUGAACUGCGAGCAACUGGAAAUAACAUUUUCGU